AGUCUAUUUGGCAAAUUGCUUCCAAAUGAGGUCGCUAUGAUGAUUCGUGUGAGCGAAGGCCCCAGCGUUCCCCAAAUAAUAAAGCUGCUGGACUGGUAUGAGACACGGAAUGACUACAUACUGGUCAUAGAGCGGCCCACGCCUUGCAAAGAUCUGCGGCAGUAUUUAGUGCAAAAUGGUGGCAGAAUCAGCGAGUCAAAAGCACGAGUUGUGAUGCAUCAAGUUGUUACUGCUGCAAGAAUAUGCUUUGAAAAGGGAAUCUACCACAGCGACAUCAAGCUAGAAAACCUGCUAAUCAAUGAGAACAGCUUGCAGGUCAAAUUAAUCGACUUCGGUGUUGGUAGAAGCUUCAAGACGUUUGGUUAUACAAGGUACAUUGGUACAAAACUUUACGCUCCCCCUGAAGCUUUCCGCAGAACAUGGAGGUAUCACGCCAAGCCGGCAACAGUAUAUUCUUUAGGUGUACUGUUGUUUGUGAUGCUGUUUGGGAAGUUCCCUUACAAGGUGAAACCUGAGGUCAUUGCCAACAUCUUGAGAAAAGCAGGAAUUUCCAAAGAAAGCAAAGAACUGAUAUCUUCGUGUAUGGAGACAGAUCCAACCAAGAGGAUUGACUUGGACAAGAUCCUCGACCAUGACUGGUUCCAAGUUUUGCUCCUUAAGCCGGAGAGUCAAAACGAGGAACCCAUAGUAAGUGAAUUCCCAUGCGUGGAUUCAUGCGUCCUGAGAAAAAGAAAGCUUCGCGCGGAUUCAUGCGUCCUGAGAAAAAUGUAAUCCUCGCGUGCUAGGAAAAAAACUUAUAUGUACAUAGAUGCAAAUACGGGUCCAAGCACAGCUUACAUGAACUUUGGAAAAGAAGAGAAAAAAGAUUUAUUUAAAAAAAUAUUUAUAUAAAUUACGGGCGACUGCCGCAUAAAUUUAAACAAAACAACAACAUAAAAUCCAGGCCUGGUCCUCUCUCGUCUUGCACUGCCGUCACUCUUUUUAUCCUUCCGGAGCUCCUCCGUGGGACUCGAGACCGGUGUGGUGGGCAGGUGAUGCUCAUUUGCACUCGCUCCGUUCCCACGGCCCCGUCCUGCUUGUCACUUACCCCCUAACCUUUUCCAGCACCUAAGGGUUAGGACAGAUGAGGCGAGAGAGAAGGAGACAGAAGGAUGAAGAGACACAAGAGGCACUGCCAUCCAGUCUUCCACCAGCUGGGUGAACUCCUCCACGAUGCCUGGUGGUGGCGCCGGAUACCACUCGGUGGACGGCUCAACACUCCUCUGCUGCCUGGUGGACGGCGACAACUCCUCCAGCUUUGCGCACCCGGCAGUGA